AUUCUCCUACGAAUUCCAAUCACUCCAAUGAAGCUAACUACAGAUGAAGUACUUGAGAGGAUUGGAAGCUUUGGUCGCUACCAAAUUGUGCUCAACAUAUAUUUCAAUAUUGCUUAUGCAUUAUGGUGGGCUUUUCCAGUCAUGGCAAUGGUAUUCAUUGCAUCGGAGCCCGGAUGGAAAUGCAAAAACAACUCGACUUGCCCCUUUACUGACACCAUCAGUCUGGGAGACGACAGAUACAAACAUAGAUGCGAUAUUCCUCGGCAAGACUGGGACUUCGCCGACGACUUCACUUCGGUUGUAACUGAGGUAAGUGGUAUUAUCGUGUCAUGGGGUGUUUCUCGAUGUAUUUAUAUAUUACGUUGUGGUGUAAUAAAAACCCAUGUAAUCAAAACGGAUAGAGCGGUUUUCAAUAUGUCGAAAAACCAAAACCAACGUUAUCAAAGCGACUGAUCAAAACAAAGAUUAAUAUCACUACCCAAUGAAGACUCAAAUUGAAAACUAGAAAACUGCUUGAAGCGCGGGAAAACGCGAAUGACCACGUGACAAUUGUUUUAGUUUUGCAUCUGAUUGGUUGGGAAAGUAGUGCAAGUUUUCUGGGCCAAUCACAAAGCAAGGUAAAGUAAAACCAAAGUAAUCACGGAGUACUUUUGAUACUCAUUUGAAAAUUGCUCCAUAAAAAAAAUAUUUAAAAAGAAUAUAUUAAGAAGCCAAUGAGAACUUUAAAAUUAAGCAUGAAAACAUUCUCAAGCGUAAGAAAAUGGAAAUGACCAUGUGGCCAUGGUUUUAGAUUUGUAUUUCACUGAAUAGCAGGUGGACGUGUUUUUUAUAUUAGACACAGAGUAGAGCAAAUAUAGUUCGGACCUGCAUGGCAAUGUUAAAUGCGAAUAAAAUAAACAACGAAUUCGAAGAAUAACCACGAAGACUACGAUUGAAAAAUCAACGGUAAAUGCACGAUUGCAUACGGGCAGCCAGACUAUCAGAAAUAUCGGUAAGGUGAUGGUAGGAUCGACUCGCCCAAAGGACUACGUGUUUUUUCAUGUAGACAUUUUCCAACAGCGAGCCUUCGGCUUGUAAGAGAGUCCUCCCCUACUUGAAUGAAGCUCGAAUCUUUUCUAUUUUGUUUGUUUGUUUGUUUCAAUCACUUUCUCCUUUGACAGUUUGAUCUUUAUUGCAAAAGAGGCGCACUUGGAUUUGUAUCAACCUCUGUGAUCUUUGCUGGAUUUAUAGCUGGUAGUAUUUCUAUCAGCCCUAUCUCGGACAAGUUUGGCCGGAAGCUCCCGUUGUUUGUGUGUGGCUUUUUCUGCGCCGUGUUCAACUUUGUUUCAGCUUUUUCUCCUGCUUUCUGGGUGUUUGCUCUCUUUCGAGCAAUCGUCGGUUUCAUGAUUGGUAAGAUAUGGACAUUUUAAUGCAUGUAUUAUGCAAGAAAAAUAGUCCCUCAUUAGUAACUUUUAGCGCUUGAAGUAACUUACCGAUACGAAAACCAACCUUCCCUCCUCGAACUAAAAUUCGUUGGCAGGCGAAGGAAGACGUUGCAUGAUAAAUGACCCUCAAGCUGACUAAAAGGGUUAAGUUCUAGGAACGAAGAGAAGGGAAAACGAACAAAUAGAACGAGAGGGAGAAUGGGAUUGAAGAGAAAGAUAAGAAAGUAGCGAAUGUAUAAAACAGAGAGAGGAGGUUGUGAAAAGCAAGAUGGAGAACAAGGAAGUGGAAGAGAAGAGAGUCGGAGUUGAAGUAAGGAGUAGAAAGAUGUAAUUGAAGAGGAGGAGGAGGACAAGAGAGAAAAUUCGACACGGGUUGGAACGGGCACACAGAUGAUUAGGUAAACAAGGAGAGAGAGAUAUAAGGAGAGAGGAAAAAUAUAAGGUCGUAUGUCCGUUCAGUUUUUGAUGUUAAUAGUCCGUGCACGUGGUCAAUUGUUAGGUCGUGUCCCUGUCAUUGAUUUUUAGUUAUCUAGCACUUUUUCACCGUACGUUUUUACAUUUUUUUUUUUUUUUUUUUUUUUUUUUUUUUUUUUAUUAAGGGUAGUGCCCCGCAUGGGACUCCAUGUCCCGUUCGCACUGACCCUUUUGGCGUAUGUCUAUCGAUUUUUUGUCUCUUUCCUUGUAUAUGCAUUCAUUUUGAGCUUGUAGACGUACCCAAUAAAGUUGUUAAAUAAAUAAAUAAAAUAAAGUUGUUAAAUAAAUAAACGGUGAGAAUAGAAUGUCGAUAUGAUGAUAACGAUGAGGAUGAGAAGGUUUAUGCAAGCUUUUCCUCCUUGAAAAUUUUUAGAAUGAACCACAAUUAUUAAUUUUACUUUAAUGUUGACGGUUUGUUUUGAAUGCAGGUGCUUACAGCAUUCCACUGUUUGUUUUGACAUCUGAGUUCUCUGGGGUUCGUCGACGAGGGACUGCAGGUUCGGUUGUUUGGAUUGGUUAUGAAGUGUUCGUCAUGCUGUUAGCAUCAAUUGCGUAUGGCGUAAGAGACUGGAGACAACUGAUUAUUGUCACUGGAGUUCCUGGGAUCAUCUUCGCCGCUGGAUAUUUGUAAGAUUUGAUAACUGUAUGGUCCUUUUGCUGUAGAAAAAUGUUUUCAUCUCUAAUUAAAUAGAAGCUUUUACUUUGCCGGGUCAUCCGAAAAAAAAACUGAGCAAGGAAGGUUGAAAAAAUACAUCGAUUCAGGCUUGAAGGGGGGCAAAGGUUAUCAUUAUAGUUAUCAUCACCGAUAUCCAUCCUUAUUGUUAUCAUUAUCGUGAUUGUUAAAGUCUAGAUCGUUACCCACUAAAAAAUGUCUCCUUUCACUAACAGGAGUAUGUAAGAACAGAGAUGUGUCGCUGUUGAAACGUGGACUUGUGAAAGCUGACUAAAAUAAAUGAAGAUUGAAUUUUCCGUUGAGAGUUGGUCCCUUAAAAGAGCUUCCACAGCAUAACUAUUUGUGUUGUUGUUAUAUCUACGAACAGUUUCAUUCCUGAGUCGGUCCGCUGGCAUCUGAAGAAGGGAAGAUACACUGAGGCAAAGGAAACUUUGUCUAAAGUCGCUUCAUUGAAUGGUACAGAGAUGCCAGACGAACCAAUUUAUUUACCGAAGGAGGAACGUCUUGGUGACAUUCGAGAUUUGUUUUCCUCUCUCAAAAUGGCUCACAAAACAUUUGGUUGCUGGUUCAUGUGGUAAGUGUUGGGUCCGGCAAUACCAUUUUAAAUGCGCUGUGCCCUAUAUAUAUCCAGUAUCCCUAAUGGAAGCUUGCCAUAAGCCCUCAAAGCCGCUAAAAUAAAUUCAUUUUCGAUAUUAGAAAAUGGGGUUGAACUAUGAGGAUAUUUUUAAAAAAAGGAUUCCCUCAAAAAUGUCGGACAUCUUGAACGAGCGCGCCAGCGCUUGAGUCAAAAUUAAACAAUGAUUCAACAACUAGGUUCUCUUACUCUGUGUUCAUAUCAACAGGUUUGCAGUGUCUUUCAUAUCUUGGGGGAUUAGCUUUAGUACUCCCUUUGUGGGCGGUAGCGUUUACUCCAACGUGGCGAUGAGUGCAGCUGCCUCUCUCCCUUCCUAUCUUCUCUGUGCUGUUUUGACUGUGUGGUAAGUAAAUUUGCCAAGAGACGGUGCAUUUCCUUCUUUGUCUUAGAUUGGGUAUCGUCUUCAAGAUUCUUUGUACAAAUCCUUGGGCAAAUCGCAAAUCCUGCUUAACCAAGUUUGUUGAUCGAUUAAGUCGGCCGUGUAAGGGCCUUAUUUGUUUACAAGUUUUGUUUGCUUUGCUGGUAUAUUUGAAAUUUUUUUGUUUUUGCUUUUUGUUUGUUAUCUUUUGUGGGCCAACUUGAUUUGCUAAAUAAAAUGAGCCAAUGAAAUGGACGAGAAAAAAAUGUAUUCUCGGUACCGGUGGACCAACCUGAAGUAUGUGUUAUUUAUUUUUAUUUCAACAGGUUUGGCCGCAGAAAAUCCCUGUUCAUUUCGUUCCUUGCAGCUUCUCUUGGAGCCAUCGGCGCCCUUUUGAUGACAGAUAAAGCCGAACAUGACAACGGUGAGAAAUACAGUACCAUAGCUCAAUCGUGAGCACAAACCUUUAAAGAAUACAAUUUCGUCUAAGUAAAAAUGCCUGUAAAUGAAAACGCGAGACGAGAAGAGAUAAAACAGCAAAAGACUACUGUCCCCCCCCCCACCAUACCCACUCUCCUCGGACGGUAAAAGAGAAAGAAGAACUUUAAGUGACGUGAGUAUUAUAUGUAGUGGAUCUCUUGGUAGGAAGGGAGCAGUUGAGAAACAUUUUUGCCCGAAAGACUGCAUUUAUAAGGGUCCUAAUGGGGUUAUCAGAAAAGCCGUUAGCCGUAAUACGGCAAAACAAUUCAGCCGUUAGACGUUGAAGAAAUGUAAAAUGGUUUUAUGGCCAAUCAGAGCGCACGUACUAUUUGAAUUAUUUUAUAAAAAAAAAUAUUUAACCUUAAAAAAAUUUGUCUCUUAUCGCUUACGGAAGAAAAAAGGAUUUUUAGCCAUAACUUGGCCAAAACUUCAAUCUUUAGUUGUAAAAGCCAGCAUCCCAUUGAGGCCCUCCUUAAUGGUUUGUUGUAUCGUUGCAGGUUUUUUGGCUGGUAAAAUUUUCAUGUCCAUGGUCGUUGCAAAGUUGUCCAGUGGCGUGGCAUUUACCUUGGUGUAUAUUUAUGCUGCGGAGCUAUUUCCAACAGCACUGAGGUAGCUAAUUUUUAUUACAUUUCGCAUUAUUCGUUAGCUGUCAUUAGAAAGGACCAUUCUAAAGCGGUUAGUUGCUGUGGUUAUUGUUGUUGUUUUGGUUUUGAAUGUAUGUUGCGCUUCUUUUCUUUGUAACACAGGAACGUUGCCAUGGGUACGUCAACAUCCUGGGCUCGAGUGAGUGGUUUUGCUUCGGCUUAUGCCCCUCUUCUGGUGGGUAAUUCAAUCAUUUUUUUAUUGGCUCGUGUCAAACAUAUCUGAUAGCCCUUUUUCCAUCCAGCGUGACGCAAAUGUGACGAUAAAUACUACCAGCACAUCCCGAGCCCGCUUCACUGAAUACAUGGUUAAACCCCCUCUAGGAAAUUUGUUGGUACUGUUGUUCAAAGCUAUUUGGUGUGAUUUCCGACCAGCGGUAAUCAUAUUAGUACCUAGGCCACCGCAUAUGAAAUAUAGGCUUUGAUCAUUAUUCACAUGUGAUGUGAUUUAUAUGAGCAUUCUUCUUGCUUCGGAAUAAAACGUGUGUGUCUUACAAUCUACGCUUCCUGUUCUUAAACAAGAACUACAACAAUUUUGAUCGGGUUUUUGCCAUCCAAUUUCAAACAAACAAACUAAAUAAACGCAAAAAAUUGUUUAUUAAUCGGAGUCAAGCGAAGUCUAAUAGUUCCAUAAUAAAGCAUAUACACCAUUUCUGGUGUUAUUUCAAACCCCACUGACUUCUCCUUCUUUCAGCUGGAAAUUCACCGUUUUCUGCCAUUUGGAAUUAUGGCUGGCCUUGCCCUCGCUGCCGCUGUGAUCUGUCUGACAUUACCUGAGACACACGACCAACCCAUGAUAGAAGAUUUGUCUCAGGAUUCGAACGACAAAAAUCACAAACAAGAUGAAUACUUGAACGCAAAUGAUGUUACAGCUGAGGAAAACACUUUAUUGUGA